CGACCAUGGAACGACACGAGAUCCAGUCGUCGUUCGUACCGAUGCAAAUCGUGUUCGAUGUCUGAGCCAGGAGCUCGUGCUCGAGAAAAGGGAGCAAUGGGACGACUGUGCGCAGAGUACCCGGCGACUACACUAAUUAACACGUUCCUAUCGUUAGAGAAGCCAUUCGAGGGUGCUGGUGGUAGAAUGACGAUGAACCUAGCCGGAGGUCCAGAGACCCCGGAAGAGUAUCAAUGGAAGAGGUGACGUUUCAUCCAGUGAUGCGUAAACGACGUGGACUGGCCAGUGCCAUUCUAGGCCUGAUCGUAGGCCUGCUGCUUGGUUUCCUCAUACAGAGCUACAGGAUCCUAUCGUCGAGCCAUCAGCAACGGUUCAAUGUUUACGCCACCUCGUUGGCUGGAUCGAGAGUGUUAACGAGACCAUCCGCUCGAAACGUUCCGAAAUUGAACGACGAUCAACAGAUAAACAGUUCCUCGACCAGUUUAGUCUUCGUAGGCGUUAUGACCGCCAGCAAGUAUCUAGAUUCACGUGCAAAAGCGGUGUACGAGACGUGGGGCAAAGAACUACCAGGGAAAAUCGCUUUCUUCUCGUCGGAGAGCUCCGUUGUACCGGAGAAUUGUCCCGAUCUACCGUUGGUGGCGUUGCCGAGAGUAGACGACACUUAUCCACCCCAGAAGAAGUCGUUCAUGAUGUUGCAGUAUAUGUGGAACAAUUACGGUGAUCGUUUCGAGUGGUUCCUCAGGGCUGACGAUGACGUCUACGUGAGGACAGAUCGUCUAGAGAAAUUGUUACGCUCUGUCGAUUCCAGGAGAGCUAUGUACAUUGGUCAAGCCGGCAGGGGGAACUCGGAGGAGUUCGGUUUGCUGUCCUUGGAGUACGACGAGAAUUUUUGCAUGGGUGGUCCAGGUGUCGUCCUCUCCAGGGAGACCUUGAGGAGGAUCGUGCCACAUAUCAAGUAUUGUCUGAGACAUUUGUACACCACGCACGAGGACGUCGAAUUGGGAAGAUGUGUGCAGAGAUACGCCGGUAUACCUUGUACCUGGAGCUACGAGAUGCAGUCUAUUUUGUAUCACAACAGUAGCGGGGCACAGGCGUUCACCGGAAAUCUGAAGAAAAAGGAGGUUCACCGUGCUAUUACCUUGCAUCCUGUUAAAAGUCCUCCGCACAUGUACAGGUUGCACAAUUACAUCAGGGGGCUGCAGGUCCAAGAUUUACAACAGGAGAGAUUGAAUCUUCACAGGGACAUUUACACCAUGGUGAAGCAAUUAGGCGUCAGCGUGGAGAAUCUGAAGAAUUUCGAGAUAGCCCGGGGUGUCCCUUUGUUCCCUACCAGCCCGUUCUCCAAGGAAUAUCCCGGUGACACGGAAAUACUAGGUGUUCCGGCGGGACUGCGUUCGUUCAAACCGACGACCAGCGACGAAGUGAUACCGUGGGAUUUUUUAUCGAGGUCCGAGUACAGCCUGAGCGACUCGAAUCCCAGGAGAAGAAUUCACAGCGACAUAAAAGAGGGCCUCGAGGAUAUCACCAGGGAAGUAAUGGCGUCUAUAAAUGCCUGUUCGCGACAACGCGGCCGUGUCGUGGAGGAAAGGUCAACGUUGUACGGUUACAGAAGAGUGGACUCUUACGGCGCCGACACGAUACUGGAUCUUCUCCUCGUGUACCGGAAGUACAGAGGUAGAAAGGUUACUCUGCCUGUACGGAGACACGUCUACCUUCAUCAACAUUUCACGGGACUGGAAAUACGAGAAACCGUGGAUGGAAGGGAAAUCGACGAGGAGAGAAGGAGUGAACGGAACGACAGAACGCUGCAGGAUAUAUUUCGCGGUGGUUUCCUGAACCUGAAUUUCAACUUCGAGGAGCAAGAGGAGGAGGAUCCGGUGAAAAGCAAGAUCGUCCAUUUCAUUCUACCUUUGUCCGGGAGAUACGAGGUUUUCCAGAGGUUUAUACAAAACUACGAAGAGAUCUGUUUGACGAGCGGCGAGAGGACGUCGUUGUUGGUGAUUCUCUACCGCCAUAGAACCGAGGACACGUUCAAUCGAACGAUAGAUCUGAUAGAGCAAUUGAAGUACAAGUAUCGUAGCGCCAGUAUCGAUAUUAUCCCUGUUCCUGGAACGUUCUCCAGAGCGAGAGCUCUGAAUCACGGUGUGUCCAGAUUGAACGGCAACGAUCUGAUGUUCUUCAUCGACGUGGACAUAGUUUUCACGGAAGCAGCGCUGCACAGAAUACGCUCCAAUACUCUUCUAGGUAGGCAAAUUUAUUUCCCCGUGGUGUUCAGUCAGUACGAUCCGAAAAUCGUCUACGGUUACGCUAAGAAGCAAGGCACGUUCGCUAUUAGCGAAAUGACUGGAUACUGGAGGCAAUUUGGAUUCGGUAUCGUCUCGCUGUUCAAGCAGGAUUACAAAAGCGUGGGUGGUUUUGAUUUGACCAUUCAAGGAUGGGGCAAAGAGGACGUGGAUUUCUACGAGAAAGUGGUGAAAUCUAAUAUUAAGAUCUUCAGAUCUGCUGACAAAGAUUUGGUUCACGUUUAUCACGAAGUCGAGUGCAGCAAGGAUCUUUCGGAGACUCAAUGGUCCAUGUGUAUGGGAACUAAAGCUGACACUUACGCGGGGAUAGAGACUCUGUCGAAGAUGAUCUACGAAAAUCCAGAGAUACUGCGAUUUGCCAAAGCCAGAAGAUUGAACUUGACCAAUGCAGCAGGUUGACGAAUCACAGGCUGACUGCCAUAUCUCGGUUGUUAAUGUAGAGAGUGUGUGUUGCAAGCACGCGUUUUGC